AUGCGCCUCAUCAAUGUCGAAUCUCUCGACAUUGAGGAGUUCUUCGGUGACAAUGUGCCGAAAUAUGCCAUCCUAUCCCACACCUGGACUUCCGAAGAGGUGACUUUGCAGGAAUGGUCUCAUCGAGAGGAGCCAUCCAUCUCCUCCAAAUCUGGCUAUCAAAAGAUUCUGUCAGCCUGUCGACUGACUAGCGAGCACCACUUAAACUACGCAUGGGUCGAUACCAAUUGUAUCGACAAGUCAAGCUCGGCAGAGCUCUCAGAAGCAAUAAACAGCAUGUUCAACUGGUAUCGCAACGCCCAAGCGUGCUUUGCAUACCUGCAAGAUGUCAAGUUCGACCCGGCAACUGCCGACUUUACUACCAGUUUUCAAUCCUCGCGGUGGUUUACACGGGGUUGGACAUUGCAGGAGCUCUUGGCUCCCGAGCUUCUUCAUUUCUAUGACAAGGAUUGGACGCACAUGACCGACAAGAAGCUUUGCCUCGACGCACUUUCCCGCGUCACCUCGAUACCCAAGCGGGUUCUCCGGUGCGGAGAUGAAAUACGUGCGGCCAGUAUUGCCCAACGCAUGUCGUGGCUGUCGUCACGAAGGACGACGCGUCGUGAAGACAUGGCAUAUUGCAUGUUUGGUAUAUUCGAUAUUAACCUGCCACUGUUGUAUGGCGAAGGGGAUAAGGCAUUCUCUCGCCUACAGGAGGAACUGAUCCGGUCUUUUCACGACCAUACCAUAUUCUGCUGGACAUGGCCAGAGGAACUGACUCAUACAGAAUGGGUACCUACACUUGCACCAUGCGCUGCGGCGUUUAGCAACUCCGGGAAAUGUAUCAAGCGAUUCAAUACUCGCGACAUGGGUGAUGAGUAUCUCGAAAGUCCCGCCUUGUUGCCCUUGGAAUAUUCAGUAACCAAUGUCGGAAUUCAUAUACGAGCCCCGGUCCUCUAUAGCUCCGAAACUACGUGUCUUUUGCUACUAGACGCAAAGGUGGAAGGCAUGGACUCCAAAACGUGCCUUGCUAUUCCACUCCAGCGCCCGAGCCGUAAUCCGAGGUCACAGACAUUGUUCUGGCGCACCAUGCAUUUGAAUGGUCUUAUUGCCGUACCACAUCGCUGGGGUGAGCCACGCGACGAUAUGCGCCUCGCCAAAUCGUCAGAAAGACCCGCGGAUUACGGUCAAAGCAGUAAAUAUGGUUCCUUGUCUACCAUAUUGGCGCUUGGUUCAUUGCCUCUUGCGCCGUUCCCAAAGUUUGCGGUGAUGAUGCUUUGCCGCGAUCAGACCCCAUAUAACUGGGGAGGGAUCGUGUUCCUGGAGGCAUCUUGCAUCCCAGGGAUGUGGUGCCACAGAGUACGGGUGUUCAAUACAGGCCGACGUGGAGAUUUUGUCACCGUCACUGUGCGCGAGCGUAAAGGCGUACCGACGUGGGGCGUAACCGACGCCUCCAUCGCCGAGCUCGAGCAGGGAGCAACACAUGGCGAGAAUCCAAGAAACGAGAGGUCGGAGAGACUAUUAGGGUAUGGCGAUCAACCGGCCGAGAGCCCCUGGGAUCGCCUUGUGUUGGCAGAUGAGCUCGAGGUGCCUACUGCAGGGCUAGGUCCGCUCGCUGGUGUUACAAUAUGCCCCAUGUUUGUGCGACAGGUACGUUAUAUGUAG